AUGUCAGAUGACAUGACCCUGAGGAUCACGGCCACCAAUACCAGCCCCAGUGACCGGAAUACUGGUGUGGUCAGCAGCAAGCCGAGGAAAUCCGCAGGAAGCAAAAGAGAAGCGUGCAAGAGUGGAGUUUCUGUAACUCUCGGGACAGACCACCUGCUCUCCAUUCUCUCCGCACCUCUGUUACCCCCAUCCCGACGCCCUCCCUUCGGAACCCCGGGUGUGAACGGACGGGAGGGAGAGCGGCGGGGGGCCGGGAGCGCGCCCGCCGGCUCUCCGACCUGCCAAACUUUCCCAAAGCCCGGCCCUCCCCGGCCUCGGCCCAGCGCCGCGCCCCGCCCCCCGAGCCUGGCGGGAGGGGGUACCGCGGGGCCCGGGGGUGGUGAGGGGAGACCGCGGGGCCCGGGGGUGGUGGGAGGGGACCGCGGGACCCGGGGGGUGGUGAGGGGGGACCGCGGGGCCCGGGGGGUGGCGGGGGGCGCGGAGUUGGGGCGGAGGGGCUCGCGCCGGGAGAAGGGGUGUCCUGAGCCUGGAUUUCUCCCGCGGCUGGGGGUGCGCCGAGUCUCCGCCAGCCGGGGCGCGCGCGGGGCUGCGCGCAGGGGCCGCGCUCACCCGCCCGCGCCGCGGAGCUGCGGCUGCAGGGCCGGCCGGGCAGCGGGCGAGGAAGGACCGCCACCCUCCGCCGCGACACCCCCACCCCCACCCGGCGGCUCGCGGCGGCACCCGCCUCCGCCAACUCCCCUGCCCCGUAACGCGCUGUUCACGGCCGCGGCGCCCGGCGCUCACGCACGCUGCCCUGCAAGGGGCUGA